AUGUACGCCAGAUACGUUCCUCCUCCGAAGGGCGGAAACCCUUCAAACUCUGCUCCUUCGCCUGCGACACAAUCGUCAAAUGCGACAAAUAACACAUCUUCCACUCCCGCUCCCACGAACGCAUUUGGCUAUUCGCGAUACGUCCCUCCAAGCGCAAAACCUGCGCCUGCGUCUGUGCCUGCACCUCAACCAACAGCUCCCAAGGUGCAAUUCUUUGACGAUGAGCCAUUGACUCCCAAGCGAAAAUGGGAUGCUACCGAAGAGGCGCAGAAUUCUCCACAGCCUGAUCCCAAAAAGUCAAAGACUUUAGAAUCAACAACACAGAAGAAAGAGGAAGAGGCACCAAAGAAAAAGAAGAAAGUCAGAAGAGGAAAGAGAAGAACUGGAGCUGGCAACGAUGACAGCGACGAUGAGAAGCCAACCAAAAAGGUUCCUGAGCCCAAGCCUGAGUCGUCAAAGCUCCAGGACCAAGAAAAGCCCAAGGAAGCGGACGAUGCGCAAGAAGAAAGCCAAACCGUAGAUGAAGACUCCGUAAAGGACAAGGAGCAGAAAAAGAAGGAGAAGAAAGAGAAGAAGAAGAAAGAAAAGAAGCAAAAACAAGAGCCAGAACUAGAGCCAGAAGUUCCCGAUGCGCCCACACCAGACGUCGAUAAUCAAACCGAGGAUGUAUCAAUGGUCGAUGCUACAGAGCCCGCGGAAGAAACCAAGGACAUCCCCGAGCCUAGCGAGGCUGUGACUGCAGAGGAGAAAAAGGAAAAACGAAGACAAAAGAAGAAGAAGCUUAACAGGGAACCCGAACCGGAAGAGGAGACAGAAGAGAAGGAGAAUAAGCACAAGAUGGUCAUGGAUCGUCUAGAAAAGUCUCUUAAAAUCGCUGGUCAAACCAGUUAUGAAGAAGAUGAAGAAGACCAGGGCGAGCUACACGGCCUCGAACCGCUUCCUCAGCCGGCACCUAUCUCCUCUCUCACCACCUCAAAGCCCAGUUACGAGAUCCUACCGCCGUGGUUAGCUGAGCCCAUUCGCGUUUCUCAAGAUACCAGAAAACCAUUUACGGAACUUGAUAUCAUACCCAAAGCCGCCCGUGUGUUGGAAGAGAAGGGCUUCAAGGACGCUUUUGCCGUGCAAACUGCUGCGAUUCCUCUUUUGCUCCCCACGAGCAAGCAAAGACCCGGCGAUGUGUGUAUCUCUGCUGCCACCGGUUCCGGAAAGACCAUGGCUUAUGCCCUCCCCAUUGCGCGAGACAUCAGCCAAGGAUGCAUUACAAGACUGCGUGCGCUUGUGGUCCUCCCGACGCGUGAGUUGGUAAAGCAGGCCCAAGAGACGUUUGAGCUUUGCGCCAAGGCUUUCGAUGGUGGCGAUCGUAAAAGAGUGCGAGUUGGUAUCUCGAUCGGUAGUCAGUCGCUCGAGGCGGAACAGAAGGCUUUCAUGGAUCAGGAGCUUCGUUACGACCCUGAAGCAUACAAGAAGCUACAAGAGGAGGCUCGAACUCAGAACCAGCUGAAGUGGGGUCUUUCAACAACCGAUGACCUUGACGACCUUGACAUGGAAGAUGCGGAUCCUCGAUUGAGCCACAUGAACGGCUAUGUCGUGGACUUCCUUUCCAAGAUAGAUGUCUUGAUCUGCACCCCUGGACGACUCGUCGAGCACAUGGAGCAAACACCUGGCUUCAGCCUCGACUAUGUUCGAUGGUUGGUAGUUGACGAGGCCGAUAAGCUUCUCGCACAGAGCUUCCAAGGCUGGCUCGACAUGGCCAUGGAGCAGUUCCGCGUCAACAAGUUCACUGCCCGAGACUUUCCAGACAUGGAUUACUCUGGCGUUCGCAAGGUCAUUCUCAGUGCUACUCUUACCAGAGACUUGAGUCUUCUCAACCAGUUGAACCUGCAUCGGCCGCGCCUGGUCGUGCUGGAGAGCAGCGGUGAUGCUCAGAUCGCGGAACACUCUCUACCGGCGUUGCUGAGAGAGCACCAGAUCAGAGUCCAUGACACGAAUCUCAAGCCGCUCUACCUGCUUGACCUCCUCCGCAGCCAGGAUAUGCUUAUGGCUAGCCCAGAUAGGGACCAAGCGACUUCCAAGACUGCCGAAGCUGAAGAGUCGGAUACUAGCUCAGACUCAAGCUCAAGCUCCGAUUCCGACUCCGACGCGACCUCAGAUACAAGCUCCGACUCCGAUUCGGAGACCGAGUCAAAGCCAUCUUCAGGCCGCUCGCUCAAAACACACAUCCCUGCGUCUCUCAUCUUCACAAAGUCCAACGAAGCUGCAUUACGUUUAUCACGACUGCUCGCCCUGUUGGAUCCAUCCCUGGCUCCUCACAUCGGUACCAUCACAUCAACAACACCGACGCACAUCCGCCGCAAGACUCUACGCGCUUUCACAACGCCCUCGCCCACCGCCCCCAUCCGCCUGCUCAUCGCCUCUGACCUCGUUGCCCGUGGUAUCGAUAUACCCAACCUUGACCAUGUCAUCAACUACGACCUACCACCCAGCGUUGCCGGUUACGUUCACAGAGUUGGACGAACGGCCCGAGCUGGAAGGGCAGGAAGCGCAUGGACACUUGUUGGCGACGACGAGAGUGGUUGGUUCUGGGGCAAGAUUGCCAAGAGCGCUGGAGUCAAGAGAGCUCAGAAGGUGGAGCGAACAAGGAUCGAGGAGAUUGGUGAUGAGAAGCGCCUGGAGGACUAUGAGGCUGCUCUGGAGAAGCUGGCCGAGGAAGCUGGAAGGGGAUCUUAA